ACCCCUGUGUGGGAGAUUGUCAGAAAGAGAGAUGUACAGAGGAGAAAGGGGGAGAGGGAAGGAUUAUUUAGUUUAUUUAGGGGCGCUUGUUACAGUAGAGUAACGUCAGUAAAGUGAUGAAAGGUGUAGAUCAGGACAGAGACAGACAGGUUUUAUGAGAGCAGAGAGAUCAAGUCAGAUUUAGAGUUUGGGGUACAGAGGCAAGGCAUGACAAACCAUACAGUUAUAACACAUUGAGACGAGGAGACCGAAUUUAACAAAAAUAGAGGCCACUUUGGGGUUCAGGGAUAAGGGUAUAGGGACCAGGGGGAGAGUUUAGGGUUUACUUUUGUUUUUUGGGGGGUGGGGACAGGUGGAACGAGCAGCAGUGUCUUGAUGAGUACAGCAUUGCUGUCAGGAGUCAUAGAACGAACAACCACAGAGAUGGGGAACACAUGGAUUAUAGGAUUCAUCUCUCUCCUGGCUAUUUCUGCUACCUGGAGUUUGGAAACCGGACAUAACAACCACAUUUCUGUGACCUCUCACACUACCCCUCCUUCCACUUCAAUUACAUCUACAGAACUUCGACUGCACGUUGCCAGAAGUGAACAUUUUCGUCUAGGCCAUGAGGUCAUCUUAACGUGCUGCAAUAAGACUUGGAGUGAAAUGAUCUACACCAUCUGGAAAAUAGACCGGGGUGGAACGGUGUGUCAAAUAUCAUCAGGUGUUAAUGACCAACCUCUUGACUCAUGCAAUGAUGGAAAAGUCAUGCUAAACACAACCAGUGGUGAAUCUUACCUACGCAUUCCUGAGUUCUCAAUCAGUGAUGAGGGAUUCUAUUACUGUGAGUCAGUAUACAGAGGAGGGAGCAACUCUGCAAACAUUAAGGUAUCAGUUAUAGUAGCUCCUCCCACAGUGUCUGCCUCGCUGGAGUGGGAGGGCAGUAAGAGGGUGGCUGUGUGUUUAGCUGAAGGGGGGAAACCAGCUGCCUCCAUCUCCUGGAGGAACACAUGGAACUCUACUUCAACCCCAGCCGGCACUAUAAAGACCAUAAAGAACCAAGACGGCUCCUACUCUGUGGAGAGACGGUUGGUCCUGCCUGAUGUCAUCCCUAUGGGCAACCUGACCUGUGAUGUCAGACAUCCCUCCUGGGUUGAGGUGCAUACUGUGACACUACCGAUCCCUGAAGGGGUCUCAAUACCCUGGCUACAUGUCAUCAUCUCCGUAGUAACCAUCAGUGUCAUUAUGGCUACUCUGGGUGGUUUAUACUUCACACAAAAACACCUCUGCAGAAUUAGCCCCUCCACACCAUCUGAGUCCAAGGCUCCUCAAUCACAGGACUAUGUGGAGGAAGUAGAGCCCUAUGCCAGCUACGUGCAGCGUGUCAACUCCAUCUACAACUCCUCUGCAGACCUGUUCACAUAACACCCCCCCCCACACACACAGACAGACAGACAGACAGACAGACAGACAGACAGACAGACAGACAGACAGACAGACAGACAGACAGACAGACAGACCUCUGUACACCACUCUUUACAAAGUUGGAGGUUGAUGAAACUGAGAAAAGCCACAAUGAGCCAGUAAAUGACACAGGUAGAUAAUGGAGGACAUGACGCAGAGCUUCAGGUAGGAGAGGAAACCCUCACAGAACACGCCGUCCUGUGGAGGCAGAUGAAAAGGGAUUCCACCCAGCAGACGUGUGGCACCACUGCAGACACAGCCCCCACUCCCCCUGCAUCUAUACCGAACCACAGGCCUCUGUCUCAAUGAUAACCAUGAGAACUUGCCUCACAACUCCUAAACUUUCCUUACAGAUAACUAUAUAAUGACAUCCUGGAGACGUGAGAAGAUGGCCAAAGAUUAGACAGUUCUACAGAGAUUUCUACAACCAAAGUGACAUGUGGGCAGAUCAGAGAUGAUCUUUCCAGUUUCCUAAUUUGCACACUGAGAACUAUGACUGUGUGUAGUCUGUGUGUAGUCUGUAUACCACAGCUCUCAUAACACACACGUUUGACUGUUCCCACACACCUGUGUAUCAUCUGCUACUUGUGGGCAAGAGUGCAAUUUUGAGAUGUUUAAUCAAAAUCAAAAUGUAUAUUACACUGAAGCAUGAUUACAUUGUUUUUGUUGAGUUCAUAUUUAUGAUUGAAUUUAAAUAUGUUUUUUUAUAUUUCUUUAUAAUAACAACAGAUUAUUUACAUUAGAAACUUACAUCCUGAGCUGAUGGGAAAAGGACGUGAAGCACAACAUUCUCUGAGAACUAACUUUACAACUAAGCUUUUUAAUUGAGUCAGUUGCUUUCGAUUUAGAAAAUGUGUAUGCUUGUUGCAGAGUGCCAAUUAUCCGAUGACAUUCGGUGGAGCCUCUAUUUAAAAUUGUCCUGGGCCUAAUAGUAAAGACGUAACUUAAUGCUAAAGAUGUAUUACAUUUUAAUGUGGCAUGAACACAACAACAACCAUGUUGUCAUCUGUUUGUCAAACAAAUCACUUCCAAAAGUAAGCUACUUGCGGCUGCCCACGUUCAUCCCCCAAAAUUCCAGAAUCCAAACAGUGCACUGUGCUCGCGCCAUUUGAUUCAUGGAAGGAGACAUCGGUAAGGAGACAUCGUAAGGAGACAUCGGUAGUGCUAUAGUUCCAGGGAUGUGUCAGAAAUAAUUAUAAUUAUUCAUAAUUAUGAGCGUAAUAGCUGGAGGUGGUGCAAAAGGUCUGACUUUUGAUGAAUAAACAAGUUGUAGGUGUGA